AUGCCCCCCACCCUCCUGCUGCUGCUCUGGGGGUCCCUGGCCCUGAUGGAGACCUGGGCUGGUUCGCACUCCCUGAGGUAUUUCUCCACCACGAUGUCCCCACCCAGCCUCGGGGAGCCCCGCUUCAUCACGGUGGGCUACGUGGACGACACGCAGUUUGGACGGUUCGACAGCGACUCUCAUGGUCAGAGCGCGGAGCCGCAGGCACCCUGGGUAGAGCAGGUUGGGCAGGAGGAUCUGGACGAGGAGACCGGGAUCCAAAGGAAUGAGGCUCAGUGGUUCAAAGCGCUGCUGCAGGACGUGCGAGGCUACUACAACCAGAGCGAGGACGUGGGGCCAGACCGCCGCCUCCUUCGCGGUUACGAGCAGUUCGCCUAUGACGGAGCCGAUUACAUCGCCCUGAACCUGGACCUGCGCUCCUGGACCCCCGCGGACCCGGUGGCCCAGAUUACGCAGCAACAGUGGGAGGCGUCGGGGAGGGCCGAGCGUGUCAGGAACGUUCUGCAGGGCAGGUGCCUGAGGUGGCUCCCCAGACUGUUGGAGUUGGGGAAGGGGGUCCUGCAACGCACAGAUCCCCCAAACACACAUGUGACCCACCACCCCAUCUCGGACCAGAACGUCACCCUGAAGUGCUGGGCCCUGGGAUUCUACCCUGCGGAGAUCACCCUGACCUGGCAGCAAGAUGGGGAGAACCUGACCCAGGACAUGGAGCUGGUGGACACCAGGCCUGGAGGGGACGGAAACUUCCAGAAGUGGGCAGCUGUGGUGGUGCCUUCUGGAGAGGAGCAGAGAUACACGUGCCAUGUGCAGCAUGAAGGGCUGCUGGAGCCCCAAGUCCUGAGAUGGGAGCCCCCUCCUCAGUCUUCCAUCCCCACCGGGGGCUUCAUUGCUGGCCUGGUUCUCCUUGGAGCUGUGCUCACUGGGGCUGCGGUGGCUGCAGCUGUGAUGUGGAGGAGGAAGCACUCAGGUAGGGAAGGGAGUGGACAAGAAGUAAGAUAUACUCCAACUACAGGUGGCGACAGUGCCCAGGGCCCUGAUGUGUCUCUCAAUCCCUAA